CAUGGCUUGUCAGGUUACCAUAGUAGCAUUAAACUGCGCAUUCGCUGUAGCCGUAUAGCGGUAUGGCGGUGAAAGCUGUCAACAUAAACUUGUGAUUGUUGGAUUGUAAAGAAGAACUGAGGAGUGGAUCUCUAAAGUGAUGUACCCUGUGAAGAAAAUAACAAAAGAAGAUACUUGGAGGUCUGAUGACUUAAAAGUGCACAUUCAGGCACACAAUGAGGACAGCAGAAGAAAAUCAAAACGUGAAGAGGAGCACAGGAAACACAGGAACGGAGAAUCUCUGGAUCGGCGACAAAGAGACCCUGAUCAAGACGCAAGGAGAGAGAAAGAAAAACGGAGACACGGAGAAAGCGCAAGAGAGGAGAGUAAACACAGAGACCCAGACAGGGACAGAAACCAGGAUAUCAAGAGGGAAGACGUCAGGGAGGAUAGAUAUAAAGAGAGGAGAGAGCGAGAUAAGGCAUUAGAUUUCAACAGACACAGAGAUAGAGAUGGAGAUGAAGAAGAAAAAAGACAUGAUCGAGGUGAGAAGGAAAACAGUGAAAGACGGAAGGAUAGAGAUAAAGACAGGGACAUAGAUAUGUACAAACAGCGGGACAGGGUAACGGACAGGGAAAGAGAAAAAGAUAGAGAUAGGGAUAGAAGGAGGUCUGAGAGAGAUAGGGAAAGAAAAAGUGAAUCGGAUAGAAGGAAAGAGGAGAAAAGAGAAGGAGGAAAAGAAGAGAAGGAGAGAGACAAAGAAAGAGAACGAGAGAGAAGAGAAAGACACAGAGCAAGAGAAAGUGACCGAAAUCGACAUGAAUAUGAGGAAAAACAGAGAGAAGGUGAAAGGCGAGAGAAACACAGUGAAAAAGAAAACUCUGGACACAAAGAAAGAGAACACAGAAGAGAUAGAGAAGAUAGAGAGAAGAGAAUAAGGGAUAAAGAAAGCCAUGUGACAAACACAAGUCACUCUCAAGAAGGUGAACGUCAUCACCAGGAGUGGAAAGAGUCAAAGGAUUAUUUCCACGGCAUCAAAGGUGGGGAUAGGGAAAAGACCAGGGAGAGGGAAGAGAGAGACAGAAGGCGUGAAAGAAGGCACAAGGAGGUUUCAGACUACAAGAGUGAAAGGAGUGAAAGAGAGCGGAAACAAAAAGAUCCAUCAGGACAUGAAAUAAAUGAAAGGAUAAUUAGAGACAAAGAGGAACCGACCAAGAGACCUCAGGUAACAUGGAGCUCUAUUCAAGCUGAAAUGAGUGAUCCAAAAAUCCCUGUGGAGAAUGAAGAUACUGAAAAGGACAAACAAUCAGGCAAAGAUUAUCAUAAUGAUGAUUAUGAUGAGGAUUUUGAGGAUUAUGAGGAAGACUUUGAGGAUGUAGGUGAAGAAGAGGAUGAUAAGGGCGAGGAGGAGAAAGUGGAAGAUGACAAGAAAGUGAGAGAAGAGAAGAGGGAGCUGAGCCCCAGGAGAAGAGAAGAGAUUGAAGCCAUCCAGAGAGCCAUUGAUGAGGAAAAUGAGAGAAUCUACUCUGCAAGAUCAAAGCCCACAAACAUAGAGUCAGCUAUCACCCAGAGAGAAAGACACUCUAACAGAAGUCAAACGCAUGGCAAAAUUAUUGAUUUUGUAUCAGCAAAGCAGCGAGAGGUCAGCCAGAAAGUGGCCAAGAAACAGAAGAAGCGCAGUGAGGAACUUCUGCGUCUGAUUGAUUUAGACUUCUCCAUCACCUUCUCUCUGCUGGACCUGCCUCCUGUCAAUGAGUAUGACAUGUACAUCAAGACCUUUGGAACAGCUGAUACAAAACAGGCUUAUGUGCAGUGCAAUGAAGACAACACUGAUCGAGAUAUACAAACAGAAGAAGUUGACAUGACAGACAAAUGGACACAACACCCACCAGAAGCAAAGGCAGUAUGCGGAGGUUCUAAGGCGUCUCAAGACACUUCAGUGGAAUCCACUGCAAGAAUAAAUACUGAUUCUCAACGUCUGACUACUUUUUUACGCUCUGCUGCACAGGUGAUGGCUGUUUUGAUAGAGGAGAAUAUGGCAGAGAGUAAUUCUGUCAGAAGACUUCGCUCUCAAACAGAUGCGCUGUCCUUCAGUGAUGGCUGCAUUCAACUCAAUGCCAAACUCCCCUUUUUGCAUGGUCGUCAGGUGAGUCUGCUGCAGUUCUCUCAAGUCCAAAGACAGACUCUUCUGUCUGUUCAUCCUCCUCCUCCCAAAACCAGUGCUGUUCAGCUUGACAGCGAGACGGUCAUCUGUGUGUGGAACAUCUGGGAGCCAUCCAGACCCCAAAAAAUUCUUCUUUAUGAAUCUGAGGUGAGGUGUUGUUGUUUCAGUCCUUGUAAAGUUACAUUAGUGUUUGCUGGUACAGCAGUGGGUUCAGUGGUGGUAUGGGAUCUCAGAGAACAUUCUGGCACUCAUUGCAACUUGGUGGUUGGCAAAGAGGUGUGGACACUACGCUACCCGACCUUCUCUACGGAUGCUGUACUUUCAGCGGUGGGUCAUCUCUCUCCUGUGGUGUCUGUUGAACCUGUACUGGCAACUGCUGAUACAAGUUCAAAGAGCACGCUAACUGCAGACAUAGAAGAGUCUCUGGGACUGUCAUUCCAGUUAGGAUCUUUGGAUGAAAAUGGGGUGUUAACUCUCUGGGUUGUGGUCGAGCUGCCCAAAGGAAAUGAUUCUGGAUCUCAAACAGACCUAGGUCUUAGGCCUGGCGGUAAAGUUAAAUUACUCCACAGCUCCUCUCUACAGACCACUGAGAGAUUACCUCAAGACAUUAUAAUGGGAUUUGGAUCUCCUGUGAGCCUUCAGUUAAAGUUCCUCCCUUCUGACUCGAAUCACUACUUCAUUGGUACUAACAUGGGUCUGGUUAGACAUGGUACGAGGCAUAGCUUGAAAGUUCUUCCAAAGUUCUACAGAUCACAGUUUGAUAGUUGUAGACCAGUGGAGGUCACAACACUUGACUUCAGUCCAUUUGGAGAACCCCUUUUCCUGGUUGGCUGCAGUGAUGGAACAGUUCGAUUACACUCUGUCCUGAGAGAAGAUCCGUUGAUGGAGUGGUCUGAAUGUUCCAGUGGCGCCCCCAUUCUGUCAGUGCAGUGGUCUCAGACACGGCCAGCUGUAUUCUGUGUUCUGGAUGCUGCCUCUGAUCUUCUCAUCUGGGACCUGACAGAGAAGGAUUAUGUGCCAGUCAUCACUGAGAAUAUACACAAUGACCGGGUAACAGCCAUGGCAGUGUUUGGUGAUCCAGCCAAACAGAACACAUUUUCUGGCGUUGCGCUCGCCAAGCAGUCUGGAAAGGUGGAGAUUCAGUAUUUCAAGAAGUCACUUACAGUGCCUAGCGCCUCUGACAAAGAAAAACUUAAUUCUGUUUUACAUGAUGCUUUUUUGAUAUGAGAUCUGAGCCCAGAUUAAUAUCCAGUUAAAUUGAUAAUAUGCAAAUAACAGAGGAAAACACAAAGAGGGUUUAGAGAGAGUCAUAAUGAGCCCCCAAAAGGUAUGGACAGACCUAGUGAAUUAUAUUUCCUUGUUACAUCAGUAAUGUAUCUAAAGCUACAUUGAUUGUGACUAUAACAGCAUGAACUGUAGAGGAUGAGAAAUGGUUGUUUACUACAGUCACAGUGGCUACCCUUUUUGGUGUAUAAAAAUAAGAAAUGAACUUCCCUGGCUUAAAAUUCAUUACAUCUGAAACUUUGCUGAUGUUAGCUGGAACAUAAUGGUUUUGUUGCUGUAAGCAGCAUUUUGUAAAGUUAGAUCAAAUGCUAAAGGAAGCAAAUAAAAAUGAGCUUUCCGUUCCUCAGGGAUAUAAAUACUUUAUAUCCUUUUUGUAUUAUUUUACAAUAUAUGUACAAAUGAAUAUUUACACUGAGUAGCAUUUGGAAUAUAUUUCUUAUUUAUGGUCCUUAUCAUUUAUUCACUAUCAGUGCUAUCAUACUGUUAUUAUUAAUGGAUUUUUUUUAUUAAAAGACGAUUGUAGUUGGA